GUGUUGUUUCUCUUUACCUUUUUUUCUCACCAUUAGCUCAGAUUCUUGUCUUUGUCCUAUUAAAAUUCCAGUAAGUGCACCUCUGUGAAAACGCAGCUUCUCUAUAUGAAGGGCUGAUGGAAGACACACGGGACUUGGCUGAACGAACUCCACGUUCAGAACGAAAGCGGCGUGACUCAUUCGGGAUGUUUGAUGGCUACGACAGCUGCAGUGAAGAGUCCACCAGCAGCUCCAGCUCUGAAGACAGUGAGGACGAGGUGGUUCCGUCCAUCCCUGUCAGCCUGCCUAUCAUUAAGAACAAUGGACAGGUCUACACCUACCCCGACGGCAAGGCCGGCAUGGCCACCUGUGAGAUGUGUGGAAUGGUGGGAGUACGAGAUGCCUUCUACUCCAAAACCAAACGCUUCUGCAGUGUGUCGUGUUCCAGGAGUUACUCCUCGAACUCCAAGAAAGCUAGCAUCCUGGCGAGAUUACAGGGCAAACCUCCAACGAAAAAGGCAAAAGUCUUACAGAAACAGCCGCUCAUGGCCAAACUGGCAGCUUACGCUCAGUACCAAGCCAGUCAGCAGAACCAGGCCAAGUCUAAAGCUGUGGUUCCCAUAGAAACAUUUGACUGGGGCCAGUACAUCUGUAGCAAUAACACCGUCGGUGCUCCUGUCAGCUGUUUCAAACACGCACCGAUGGGAUUGUGCUGGGGGGACAUAAAGGAAGGUGUCAGGAUUGAGGUGCUGAACUCUGACACCAACCUCUCCACCAAGGUCUACUGGAUCGCAGAAAUCAUUAAGCUAGCAGGGUUCAAGGCUCUCCUGCGUUAUGAGGGCUUUGACAACGACAACAGUAAAGACUUCUGGUGUAACCUCUGCAUCCCGGAGGUUCACCCCGUCGGCUGGUGCGCUUCCAGUGGGAAACCUCUUGUACCUCCAAAAAGUAUACAGCAUAAAUACUCAAACUGGAAAGCUUUUCUCAUAAAACGUCUCACUGGAGCUAAAACACUGCCAUCUGACUUCAACACCAAGGUACACGAGAACAUGCAGUUCCCCUUUAAGAAGCUAAUGCGGGUAGAGGUGGUGGACAAGAACUACCUGUGCCGGACACGGGUGGCGCUGGUGGAGCAGGUGAUUGGUGGCCGCCUCAGGCUGGUCUACGAGGAGAGCCAGGAUGGUUCUGAUGACUUCUGGUGUCACAUGUUCAGUCCGCUCAUCCACAACAUCGGCUGGUCACGAAGCAUUGGCCACCGCUUCAAACGAUCAGAUGUCACCAAAAAAAUUGAGGGUAAAACAGACGCUCCAGCUCAGUUUUUCCAAAAGGUGAAGGAGGUGGACCAGAGCGGGGACUGGUUCAGAGAUGGGAUGAAGCUGGAAGCCAUCGACCCCCUCAAUCUCUCAGCUAUAUGUGUAGCCACUGUAAGAAAGGUUUUAGCAGACGGGUACCUCAUGAUUGGGAUUGACGGAUCAGAGGCUGUGGACGGAUCAGACUGGUUCUGUUACCAUGGCUCCUCACCCUCCAUCUUUCCUGUCGGCUUCUGUGAAAUCAACAGCAUUGAACUCACGCCCCCUCGAGGGUACACUAAACUACCAUUUAAAUGGUUCGACUACCUCAAAGAAACAGGAUCAGUCGCUGCUCCUGUCAAGCUAUUUAACAAGGAUGUACCCAAUCAUGGCUUCCGUCAGGGCAUGAAGCUGGAGGCCGUGGACCUGAUGGAGCCCAGGCUGGUGUGUGUCGCCACCGUGACCCGCAUUGUGCACCGGCUACUGAGGAUUCACUUUGAUGGCUGGGAGGAUGAGUAUGACCAGUGGGUGGACUGUGAGUCGCCCGACCUCUACCCUGUGGGCUGGUGUCAGCUGACUGGCUAUCAGCUCCAACCACCUGCUUCACAGAGUAACAGAGAGCUGCCUCAGUCUGUGCCCAAACAGAAGAAGAAGGCUCAGCAGUACAAAGGCCAAAAGAAAAAGAGGAAGAUUCCUGUUGGUCGACGGCCCUUCAGUCAGUCAGGCACCAGGAGGAGCAGCUUCUCAGGGGAUGAAGAGCAGAGUCCACCCCCCUCCCCUGCACAGGGGCCUGCUCGGCCCCGGCCCCGAACCCACCUCCACCAAACCCACAAAUCAGAGUCUCUACUGAGAAUGAAGGAGGACGCAGCAGAGGUGGACGAGUUCACUUUCUCACAGGGAACCUCAGACCAGGAGAGCAACGGCUCCGGCAGCUACUACAUCAAACAGGAGCCUUGAAGGCUCCGUGGGUCGCAACCCAGGCGGGACACACUCCAAGACACUCCUCUGGACCAGGGAUCAAGACUAAUCACAAAAAGCCUCAAACUUCCAACAUGUGGAGGUUUCCAGCUUCCAGAAAGAUCACCAACCAGGAAGUUCCAGGACCUUCUCUUUCCUGGAUCCCAGCCACUCCUGGGAAUUUUCUGUUUGAGUCAAAGAAUUGUUGAGUUGACAUGUUUGGAGUCUGUCAAUCAGAUGAGAGGAUUUUUCUCCUGGAACAGUCAACACGUCAGCGCCAUGCAACAUCUUUAGAGUUGGUUAUCACCAGAGGAUAUGUUUGUGGAUGCAGUCAGAUCAACAACUCAUGGAAUUAUGGGUAAAAUUCUGAGUUUCUUUUUUUUCCUGUUUUUGAAAGUUUCUAACCAAAUUUUUUUGGACCAAAUUUUUCAACAUCAUCUUGUUUUGGUUGAAUCUCAACGAGGUCUUGUUUUUCCAGGACGUUUUGUUUCCCGUUUUCUUUUGAAGGAAUCAUUGGAUCAAUGAACUUAUAAUUGGAUCAGUUCACACAACAAACUCUUCUCUUUGAAGUCAAUUGGCCAACAUUCAUACGAUUAGAAUCAUCCAGUCAUCCAGCCUGACAAAACCACACUAGACCACGGUUUACACUCACUUCCUGUUUCGUCCAGCGUCACAUGGUGGAGUACGCCUGGAGCCCGUCCUGCCUUGACCACAAUCUGGGCCACGCACAGAGACCUGUAGAAACUGUGAGAACUUCUGAUGAGCCAGGUCUUUUUUUUUUCUUUCUUUUUUAAAAACAGCUUUUUGUAUAUAAACACACACACACGUGUAGAACAGCACAUAUAUUUCAAUAUGAAUAUAAACAUUGGUUUGGUGUUCAUACAGUCGGUGAGCGCCACCCACUGAGCAGCCUGAUAAGAGAAACGGGGCUGGAACAAAUGUGUGUAUAUUUUUUUUCAUGUUUUGCCAGGUGGACUAUUUCCUUUGGUCAAAGUACUUGAAGUUUUCCUCUUUCUCUUUUGUAAAAAAUUUUUUUAGACAGUGGUGGCGAUAGGUGUCUUAAUGUAGUUGGUGUUUAUUUUUUCUGGUGCCUGUGUGGGGGAACGUAUGUGUUGUUUUACACAGAUGAUAUAAAAUGGAGUACAUAUUUAAAGGACUCACAGCAGAAACACAGGGUUUAAAUCCAAAAACUAAUUGAAGAGGAAAAACAUUUUUGCUCGUCUAACAGGUGUAACAUUAACAGCAGAGGGCGCUGAAACCAACUGGUGUGAUGAGGGUUAGUAUCUUUGAAAAAGAACAAACAGCCGCCGCAGAUCCAUUUGUGUGAAAUGUAAAAUGUUGACCUGAGUGUGUAUGGAGUCUGGCCCGUGUCACUGCAUCAUUACAGUAAAAUACAUGCAUAUAAAUACACUUUACUAACAUGUCAAAUUCAAAGCUGAUAUUUUACAAUGAAUACCUUCACUUUAUUCUAACUCUUUAUUUUGAAUAACUAAUACAUAUAAGUAAACAUAACAAAAUAAACAAUAUCAUUAACCAAAAAGACUGUGUUAGACUAAAAUGUAAAAUAGAUGAAAAAUAUUUAAAAAUAAAAAUGACAACUGUUGUGAUACAUGAACUUGAUGAAGAUGAUAGGUGGCACUCUCCAGACUCCACACUGCAGACGUUUAUUUCUGUGGACAGAGACAGACAAAGAACUCAUGUCAUCAGUUCAUCAUUUCAUCAGCUCAUUAUGCAAACAUAUUUCAUAUAUUGUAAAGUUUUCUCCUCUCACAGUAGGGUGUAUGCAGGUCAGUUAUGAGUCACAGUUGAUAGAUGAUUACAGUGAUAGUACGCAUUUUUAAGAGUGGUUGUAUGAAAUACUGAGGACUGUAUGGACUUUGGUCUGAGCUAAAAUCACUGAUUUUCUCUAUGGACUUUGGUCUGAACUAAAAUCACUGAUUUUCUCUGUGGACUUUGGUCUGAGCUAAAAUCACUGAUUUUCUCUAUGGACUUUGGUCUGAACUAAAAUCACUGAUUUUCUCUAUGGACUUUGGUCUGAGCUAAAAUCACUGAUUUUCUCUAUGGACUUUGGGGUGUGUGAAUAAGCCCCCCUCAGAUAAUGUAGAACUGUGAAGUCUUCAGUAGGUCGAACAGUCUCUCUUUGAAAAGAUCUAAACUGUCCACUUGGGUAAGAAGUAAAGCUAUAUGAUGAUAUAUGAAAAAAGAAAAAAAUAUAUAUAUGUAUAUUGUGAAUGUCUAUGAUGUAAGAGAGUUCAGUCAGAUUGGUCAGAAAAUAACAAAACUCCUCAUUCACUCUUUGUAGUUCAGACGUUUUGCAGCUGUUUUUUAUCGACUACCUCCUGAUGUCAGCCACGUGUAGAGACAGUGAGAGAAACUAAUGGUGGCCGCGUGUUAGCAUAUGCAAAUAGAUCUUAGAAUCUUAAAUAUGAUCCUCCUGAAGACUAGACACCAAACAGUGAGAGAGAAGAGGUUUUUAACAGCACAGCUCAGUCUCCUGAUUGGAGCCAUAUGCAGUAGAACCUGAUGACAAAUCACAUUUUACUGUUAUCACAACAACACCAGAGAGGAAGUUAACACAGAUACAUAUGAAAUCACUCUCUGUGAUGUAAAACUAAAUUCUCUAUGUGGCCACAGGUGGUGCAGUGGAUCAAGAGCAGAUUUAAACUCUUCAAAUAUUUAUCUGUAGUUUCUCCUUCUGCCAUGAAUCACUUUCUCAGGAUUUUGAUUAUCUCUGUCUUGUCACAAAUCCAUUCAACUCUUCAAAAGCUUCUUAAUGGUGUUCAUCUAAAUAAGCUCCACACUGACUGCAGUUUUUCACUUCUGACCUUUGGAUUUUUUUUUCUGUCCACAUUAAACUAACUACUGAGUUUCUGAACAAUAUAUAUUUAUAUUUUUGUUAAAAAAAAGGGGGAUUUUGAAACGUGUUGAGUCAAUGUUUUGAUUUAUAUCACUAAUCUCAAGAAUCCACACGUUUUACCACUAAAGGUAUAACCUCUGAAAUCUGAUCGAAGACUGUUUGUGUUGAUGACCAUUUUUGUACUGAGUGCAAAUCCAAAUGCAGAAUCCUGGGUCAGUCCUGGGUCAGUCCUGAAUAACUGCAGUUGGUUCUGGUUUGCUGCCCGGCUGCUGCUGUUUCAUUGGUUGGUUUUUGGUUUUUAAUCAUCGUGACGUUGAAGACUACGUCUAUUGUGAAACUUGUUACCACCGAUGUUUGGACUACAGUUCGUUCUACUAAAAACACCAACUUUUUUUCCUCUUCUUCGAGGUAAAGUUUGAAAGUUUUGAGAAACUCUCCUGUCAGGCAGUUACUGCAGUACCGGCCUAGUACAACACACAAAUCUAAAGGACUGCUUUAGGGACUAAAGACUGCUGCUACUACCCCCCUCCUCCCCCACAUACACUCUCCUGAAAAUAAUCAAAUGCACAAUCAGUUGUUUUUGAUUUUCUUUCUUCUCACGUUUCCUUGUAGAAAACUCUCCCUCAGCCUGUAACCAUGACGACCGCGUGUGAAGAAAUGUUUCUGUGUUUUUUCACGUCUUUGUUCAUCGGCAGCUGGCGGUAGAAGCUAACGUUCUCCAAUGUUGAGGCUAACGUUGUGGCGCUGGUCAGCUGAAUGCAUGUAGAACAGAACUUGUUUAACUGUUUCUGUGAUUGAUAUUAGUUAAAGUUCCGUUUUCUCAUGUUUUGUGUUUUACUUUUUUCACACUGUCAACAAGAAGUCUUGGGAGCUCCACACCACAGGGGGGCAGUAAAUGUAUUCAUUUAAUUCCAUAAUUUAUUUAGUUAGUUUUCCUUUUUAUGAUCUAACCCUCAAUUAUUUAUUUUUUCAUGUGUAGCUAUUUUCACAUUUCUUGUUUUGAAAAAUAAGUGCUUCGUAUAUAAAUCUUUGUUACAAAAACCUCAAAAACAGAUUUUAAAAAUUAGCCUAACUUCUACAAUCUCAAAUUGUUAUUAUUAAUCUUAACAUACACCAUUUAACAGACAAUUUGAAUAACUUUAGUUCAAGCUUUUACACCUUUAUAACCAAUGGUUUUACAACAGUUGUUUGACUUAAAGACUUAAAAAUAAAGCGAUUCUUUAAUUGUUUUAAUUGAUCAUUUUUAUUCAACCCUGAAAUAUUGAUUUUAUUGUAAAACAUUAGAAACCUUU